GCCAUAGCUAAAAAGCUUUUCCCUUUCGUCAUAUCAGAAAAAGAACAAGAAACGGUUGAAAAUGAAAAUGGGGAAAGAGAAACAGUACUGGCUAUUGAAGACGGAGCCAGGAGAGUGGUCAUGGGACCACCAAGCCUCGAACGGUGGCCUGACCAAAUGGGACGGUGUCAAGAACAAGCAGGCCCAGAAGCACCUCAAGUCAAUGAAACUAGGCGACCUUUGCUUCUUCUACCACUCCGGAGCCAAGGCCCGCCGCGUCGUCGGCGUCGUCAAGGUCAGCCGUGAGUGGUACUCGGAGAAGGAAGAAGAAGACGACGUCGUUGUGGACGUGGAGGCGGUUGGGGAGAUGAGGAGGCUUGUGGACUUGGGUGAGAUGAAAAGAGAUCCUGGUCUUGCCGGCUUUACUCUGUUUAGACAGCCUAGAUUGUCAGUUGUACCGGUUUCCAUGGAUGUGUGGGAGAGGGUCUGUGAAUUGGGUGGUGGGUUUGAGGGAGAUGGUAAAGAUGUCGACAAUGGCGGUAGUGGUGAUGAUAACGGGGAAGUUAAUUUAGAGAAUUUGAAUGCAUAGAAGGUGUUUGUAGUUUUGUCUAGCUCAAGAAGAAAGUGUAAAAUUUUGGCUUGAUGUUAAUGCUUGGUUUAUUAUAAUUUACUAAUGUUUUUUCUUU